AUGUUUUCUUCAGAAAAUGAAGAAAAUUAUCGAAUCGAAUCGUUUAUCCGAACUCCUAGGCUCGAGUUGGUACCAAAAAGAUCCUCUUUGCAUGCUCGGUUCACAGGCAACUGGACUAAUAAUGCAGGAAUUUAUGAGCUCGGUGACGGACUUUUGUUAAAUAGAUGGUACCACAUAUCUUAUACACUUUCUGAUUCUGAAAAGAGAUUAGACAUUUACAUCGACGGUGAAUGGGUCGGAUUCUAUGGUAUCCAGAAUGUUACAACGGAAAAAGUUGUAUUUAAUGACGGACCACUAUAUAUCGGACGUUCUUUCGGCAAUGGAUUCAAUGGCGAUAUUUGUAAUUUUCGCUAUUUUAAUUGGCGUUUAUGUGCAGAAGAAGUGAAGGAAGAUUUUUUUGCUAUUUGCAAUGGCCGUGAAAUAGAUUUGAAAAAUGAUGUUUUUACUGUUAUUGAAGCUCACAAUACGAGUGUAAACGCGGGAAGUCCUGUGCCUUUUAAUGCAAUCAUUGGAUUUAAGCAUCUUGCGACAGAAAGCCAUUUACAUUCUCAUCAUAGACUCACACCGAUUUCGAAGCAUCAACAAGUGACCAUUUAUAAUGGUAGAGAUGUUAACGAUAACUGGGUCAUUCGGCGAUAUAAUUCAAUCGCUUCUAAAGAUGAAUCUGGUUAUUUGUCGAAUGGUGAUAUAAUUAGCCUAACGCAUGUUAAUACUGGUUAUCCAGCACUUUAUAGUCAUCCCGUAUUAUUGGAUGAUGGAACUCAAGAAGUUACAUGUCAUGGAAAUGGAAAUGACGAAAAUAAUAAAUGGCGUAUUGAAUUAAUUGAUGAUUCGAAAUUGCUCGCAUUGAUACCAAAGAAAUCCUCAUUGCAUGCUCGGUUCACAGGCAAUUGGACUAACAAUGCAGGAAUUUUUGAGCUCGGUGAUGGGCUUUUGUUGAAUAGAUGGUACCAUAUAGCUUAUACUCUUUCUGAUUCUGAAAAAAGGUUAGACAUAUACAUAGACGGACCAUUAUAUAUCGGACGUUCUUUCGACAAUGGGUUUAAUGGAGAAGUUUGCAAUUUUCGCUAUUUCAAUUGGCGUAUAUGUGCCGAAGAAGUGAAGGAAGAUUUUUUAAAUAAACUAAUUGAAUAUGGAUCGAAUGUCGCUCUUGUUCAUGUACCUACUGAAAAAUAUUUAACUACUAAAGGAAACAAAUAUACCAAUUUGAAAAAUGAUGUCUAUACUGUUAUUGAAGCUAAUGGGUUAAGUGUAAGCGCGGGAAGCCCAAUACCUUUUAAUGCUAUUAUUGGAUUUAAACAUCUUGCGACAGGAGGCAAUUUACAUUCUCAUGAUUUUCAUUCAGGAUUAACACCAAUUUCGAAGCAUCAGCAGGUGACUAUUUGGAUAGGUAGAGAUGAUAACGAUAAUUGGCUCAUUCGACGUUAUAGUUCAAAGGCUUCUAAAGAUGACCCUGGGUAUUUGUCUAAUGGUGAUAUUGUCAACUUAAUCCAUGUAAACACUGAUAAUUCAGCACUUUACAGUCAUCCUGUAUUAUUUGAUAAUGGAGCUCAAGAAGUUUCUUGUCAUGGAAACGGAAAUGAAGAAAAUAAUAAGUGGCGUAUUGAAUUAAUUGAUGGUUCAAAAAUUGUGAAGUAA